GCGUCGCACCUGAUUCUGUAACGCAUCAUCCAUCCAUGGCGGCCGCGAUACUACGCGUCUCGCCCUUCCUCCUCUCCCCUCACCUCGCCCGCUUCGCUCGCUUCCGCUUCAAGCCCCGAACCUCAUCCAGGCCAAUCUCCGUUUCUCCUCUCCUAUGCUCUUCCUCCUCCACGCCCUCGACUUCUUCGUCCCCCCUUCAACCUCCUCCGGCUGCGGCGUCGGCGACCGCCGAAACCCUAGGUCCCGAUUCCCUCUCGGAGCCUCGGGCCGCGUCCCCCCUUCAGUGGGUUCCGAGAACGGCCCUUUGCGGCGAGCUAGGGCUCGAGGACGUGGGGAAACGAGUCCGGCUCUGCGGCUGGGUCGCCCUCCACCGGGCCCAUGGCGGCCUCACCUUUCUCAACCUCAGGGACAGCUCUGGAAUCGUUCAGGUCGCGACGCUUCCUGAAGAUUAUCCGGAUGCGUAUUCGAUUGCGAAUAAGUUGAGGCUUGAGUAUGUGGUUGCCGUGGAAGGUUUGGUGCGGGCUCGACCGCAGGAAUCUGUGAACAAGAAGAUGAAGACUGGAGAUAUAGAGGUUGUUGCGGAGCAUGUCAUUGUAUUAAAUUCUGUAAAUCGUGCAUUGCCUUUUCCAGUUACCACAGCAGACAGUGUAAAAGAUGUCACCACCGAAGAAAUUCGUUUAAGAUUUCGGUUCCUUGAUCUACGUCGGGCACAAAUGCAGUUUAACCUGAGAUUGCGGCAUAAGGUUGUAAAGCUCAUCCGGAGGUAUCUGGAGGAUGAACAUGAAUUUGUGGAGAUUGAGACUCCAAUAUUAUCUCGAUCCACACCCGAAGGUGCUCGUGAUUAUCUUGUGCCAUCACGUAUUCAGACAGGAACUUUUUAUGCUUUACCUCAAAGUCCACAAUUGUUCAAGCAAAUGCUAAUGGUAUCCGGUUUCGAGAAAUAUUACCAGAUUGCAAGGUGCUUUCGUGAUGAAGAUCUGAGAGCAGAUAGGCAACCUGAGUUCACUCAGCUGGAUAUGGAAUUGGCUUUUACACCUUUGGAGGACAUGCUGAGACUUAAUGAGGACUUAAUAAGACAUAUCUUUCAAGAAAUAGCUGGUAUCCAACUUCCAAAUCCAUUCCCAAGGCUUACCUAUGCUGAAGCAAUGAGUCGAUAUGGGUCAGACAAGCCGGAUCUUCGCUUUAGUCUGGAACUAAGAGAUGUUAGCUCAGUUUUCUCAGGAUGUAAUUUCAAGGUUUUUACAGAUGCAUUAGAAAAGGGUGGCAUCGUUAAAGCAUUGUGUGUGCCUUCAGGUGCACAAAAAUUUUCAAAUACAGCACUCAAGAAGGGUGCUAUCUUUAGUGAAGCAAUUAAAGCAGGAGCAAAGGGUUUACCUUUUGUCAAGGUUUUAGAUAAUGGUGAGCUUGAAGGCGUUGCUGCUUUAACAUCUAAUCUAGAACCUGAAAAUAGAGAAGAAUUGCUGAGACUUUGCUCUGGGAAGGCAGAUGAUCUUAUUUUGUUUGCAGUGGGUCACCAUGCAAUGGUUAACAAGACACUUGACCGGCUCAGAUUAUAUGUGGCACAUGAAAUGCAGUUGAUUAAUUAUACAUCACAUUCAAUCCUGUGGGUGACAGACUUUCCAAUGUUUGAGUGGAAUGAUUCAGAACAGAGAUAUGAGGCCCUCCAUCAUCCUUUCACUGCUCCAAAUCCUGAAGACAUGAAUGACCUUCCCUUGGCCCGUGCUUUGGCUUAUGACAUGGUCUACAAUGGUGUCGAGAUUGGUGGUGGGAGUUUGAGAAUCUAUAAGCGUGAAGUACAAGAAAAGAUUUUGGAAAUUGUUGGCAUUUCUCAUAUGCAGGCAGAAGAAAAAUUUGGUUAUUUAUUGGAGUGUCUGGAUAUGGGUGCUCCUCCACAUGGUGGCAUUGCUUAUGGUUUGGAUCGUCUCGUGAUGCUUUUGGCUGGCUCAAAUUCGAUCCGGGAUGUCAUAGCUUUUCCGAAGACCACAACGGCCCAGUGUGCCCUCACUAAAGCACCAUCUUCAGUCGAUCCCCAGCAAUUGAAGGACCUGUCAUUAGCCAUUCUGUAGAAUAUAUUUAUGAUUUAUUCACGUAUAAUUAAUGUUUGCACUCAAACUUGCAUGUCAUUAUUUCAUUAGCCAGAUCACAUUCUUGAAGAGACCAUUUAUUGAUAAUGGGACGUGUCAGUCAAGGAGCAAAUUCUCUUGCUUUUCUAUUUGGAAGCUGUCACUCUUUAUGAACUAUUAUUACUCGGUUACCAUUACUGGUGAUUAAUAAGAGUCCAACUUUUUUUUGUUU